AUGCCCUUUGAGGGGGAUGUGGAGGGCUCACAGUGGCUCGUCCGCUCCCAGCCAUCGACCUCCGACCCCAGUCAGGUUCAGCGGCAGGUCAGCAACGGGAGGGGAGGGUGUGUUGCCGGGGACUGCGGAUACAGCUCCUGCUGCCAUGGCAACAGCUCCAGCCUGCGCAGAGCCCUGGAGAUGGAACAGGCGGCGCAGGGUGCGGGCACUGGGGGUCUGGAGGCGGGGGACGGUGUCCAGCCCAACGGGCCGGGUCCGGGCGCGGCCGCCCGGUUCCUGCAGGCGGAGCUGGAGCUGAACGCCGUCCUGCAGCGGCUCUCCUUCGGCGGGGCAGUGCGCUACACCUACAACCCCCUGGAGUACGCCUGGGACGUGCACAGCCGCUUCGUCAACACCUACUGCCACGACGGGCAGAGCGUGCUGUUCCUGGGCAUGAACCCCGGGCCCUUCGGCAUGGUGCAGACCGGGAUCCCCUUCGGCGAUGUGGCGGUCGUCCGCGAUUGGCUGGAGAUCGGCGGGGAGGUGGGGCGUCCGCCCGAGGAGCACCCGAAUCGGCGGGUCCUGGGCCUGGCGUGCGCGCGGCGCGAAGUGAGCGGGACGCGCUUCUGGGGCCUCUUCCGCCGGCUGUGCGGCGAGCCCGCCGCCUUCUUCCGCCACUGCUUCGUGCACAACCUCUGCCCGCUCGCGUUCCUCAACGCCGCCGGCAGGAACCUGACCCCGGCGGAGCUGCCGCUGGCCGAGCGCAGCGCCCUGCUGGGGCUGUGCGACGGGGGGCUGUGCCAGGUGGUGCGGGCGCUGGGCGUGACCACCGUGGUCGGGGUGGGCCGGGUGGCCGAGCAGCGAGCGCGCCGGGCCCUGGCGGCCGCCGAGAUGGCGGUGCGCGUGGAGGGCCUCAUGCACCCCUCCCCCAGGAACCCUCAGGCCAACAGGGGCUGGGAGGCCAUCGCCGAGGCCCGGCUGGCCGAGCUGGGCGUGCUGCAGCUCCUGACGGCGUGACUGCCCUUCCCGCGGGCGCCCCGGCGACCUCGCCCCGGUUUCGACUGACGGGCGUGCCCCGCGGGGCCUCUCGGUGAGAUCUCGCGCAGGUACGGGCGAUGGGUGGAGACGGUGGCGGGGGCAGCUCAUAGACUGCUUGGUCCCCUGCAAGGCCCUGACAAAACAAGGGAAAGACUGACGGAGGCGACACUAGUGCAGGCAGACAGGCAGCACAUGUUCAGUUCACUGGGAGAAUGAGGGGAGUUUAAAGCUGGCAGUAUACUCAGUAAGAAGAAAGGACUUCAGGAUUGAGAACCACCGGCGAACAUGUCCACGAACACUGUUGUCGGUAUACUCAGUGAGAACACCGCACCGUUUAAAGUCACUCCAGGCCGCUGGGGCGUGAAUAAUUACGAGGCAGCUAUUAACCGGGGCUGGAAUCUCAACCAGACCUCCGUCUCGCGGCUACGCCAUGGAUAUAUAAAGAGAAGGGUAACGCGAGAUCACAACACAAAACAAAACGUUUUGGCUUUAGUUUAUCUAGCUAUGCAAAAGAAGAAAAAACGUGAAGAAGAUGGUACGUUCGCCCUCUAAAUCAGAGUAGGACGGAGAAUGGAGAGUUUUGUCUGUACUUUCAGCAAAUGCGAGUUUAAACGAGGGGGUCCACUUUCUCUUAUUUCCAAAUGUGUGCUAGGCGUUCUGAUGACUUGCUGAAACGAGUAGCACCAUUCAUCAAACAUGCGGGAACUCACAGAAUUCGUACAUUAGCAUGUGAAGUAUACUGCCUACUUAAGUACAGACCAAUUCCUCUUUUCAGCCUGGUGCUUCUGACUGCUUUAUGUUCAUGGCCUUUGCCUAAGGACUUUGGGGAUCUCUUGCAUAAGGGGAGGCUGAGCCAGGCUCAGCAUUAAGCUGGAAAUUAAGGUAACACUACAUAUAGUCAUCUCUGACAUGCACUUACAGGUACCAUACAGGUACCAGAUCCAGAGCAGUUUCAGGUACCAUAUUUAGGGCUCAGAUUAGCAAUGACAGUGAAGGGAAAUUCAAAGACUUUUUUGCAUGCUGUUUUUCUUCAAACUGCUCUUUGCACAGCUUUUUUCCUGUUAGUCUACCCCUCCAUUUGAUCACUGGUGUGUUGCUGCUUACCUCAGUUUACCUACCCAUGAAUGUGUACAUUCAAAGGUUCAGUUCUAAUUCAACUCAAACAGAGAUUAUGGAUCCAGUAGGGAUCAAAAGUACUCUUAUCAGGGUAAAAUGUACUCUGUGAGAGUUGAUUUAACACUGUUAGGAGUUAAGCUUUUUACUGUGUAGGCUGGGUCUGGACCACCUGGGUGUACUUGACUUUUCAGAUUGGAUCAGGUAUAAGCUAGCCGAUGGAGACUGGGAGUCCACAGCAGUGCGGAAAGUUGACCUUGUGCUCUCUAGGGUGGGGAAGGUGUCAGGCAGGCAGUUCUCUCUCAGAUUGCUGCUCCAUUAGUUCCUCUCAGUGAUUUUCCAAACCCUCAGGCUAUGGAAGUCAUCCUCGGGGAGACAGCAGCAGUAUCUCCCCUGCUUUCCCGUGCAGUCUGGAAUGGGCACAGACUAGCAGGUGAGCUAGUUUAGGGCAAGCAUUACUUAGCCAAAAGGGUUGAGCCUUGUAGCUUUUCAUUUGGAUGUCCUAAUUAUUGCGAGCCAUUUAGCUUUCUCUGUAGUGAAAUGGACAUUGUGGUUGAAAUACAGCACUUUAUAUGCUGUAAGAUGACUUAAGAUGUAUUAAAUGUUUCAUGAUUGCGUGAUCAUGAUUGCAUCACUUACUUGUGGAUGUUUUCCGAUAAUUGCAUUAAGUUAAAAUAUGAAGCUAGUUUUCAGUAAUUUGAUAGCAUAGAAACUCAUGCUUCAAAUAAUGUAUACAUUACAAGUAAUUUCAGUCCAUAGUAAAAUGCAUAAAAAUUUACCAAAAAUUGGCUAACAUGCGACAUUUGACUAGCCCAUUUUCUAACUUGACACCCAUCUGCUGAUGAACAGGAUAUACAUAUAUAAUGUUGAUAGAUGCAAACGGACAUCUUAAUGCUUACCUGUUUGGCAUUGUAUGGUUCAGGAAUAACUAAGCUAGGCCAUUAGAAAGAAGACUUUUAAACUCCUGUAACUGGCUGUAAGUUCGUGAGUUCGAAAUAGCGAGAUUUUUUUUACUUGUUUAAAGUGCAAGAAUAAAUGAAAGAUGGUUCUUA